AUGUCCGCGGCUCCGGCCAGCAACGGCGUGUUUGUCGCCAUCCCGCCCAGCAACGCCAGCGGCCUCCGCCAGCCCCCAGCCAUCCUGCCCACCUCCCUGUGCCAGCCCCCCGGGGCCCUGCAGUUCGAGGAGCCGCCGCUGGGGGCGCAGACGCCAAGGGCCACGCAGCCGCCCGACCUGCGGCCCAUGGAGACGUUCCUGACCGGAGAGCCCAAAGCUUUAGGGACCGUCCAGAUCCUCAUCGGCCUCAUCCACCUGGGCUUCGGCAGCGUGCUGCUCAUGGUCCGCCGCGGCCACGCGGGGAUGCUCUUCAUCGAAGGAGGCGUCCCCUUCUGGGGAGGAGCCUGCUUUGUCAUCUCUGGGUCGCUCUCAGUGGCAGCCGAGAAGAGCCACACCAGCUGCCUGGUGAGGAGCAGCCUGGGGACCAACAUUCUCAGUGCCAUGGCGGCCUUUGCGGGGACGGCCAUCCUGCUCAUGGACUUUGGCGUCACUAACUGGGAUGUGGGCAGGGGUUAUCUGGCCGUGCUUACCAUCUUCACCAUCCUCGAGUUCUUCAUCGCGGUCAUUGCCACCCACUUUGGGUGCCAAGCCACCCGCGCUCAAGCCAACACGCCUGUGAUUUUCCUGCCCAGCGCCUUCAGCACCGACUUCAACAUCCCCAGCCCCGCAGCCUCUCCGCCCCCCGCCUAUGACAAUGUGGCCUAUAUGCCCAAGGAGUCAUCCGAGUAGAGGUCCCUCCGCGGGUUGGAAGCCAGCCAUUCCCCUGUGGGCCCAGCCUCCCCAGCCCCCACCGCGUUAAUCUGGGGGCACCCCAACCCCCCACCCCAUUCCUCACAUUGUGGCACCCAAGUGAAACAUUCCCCGGGGACGUCUGUCCCAGACAUCUCCCUCAGUGACUUCUUUCCUAAAAGAACUAGUUGAUGUCAAGGGUGUGUGUCCCUCAGCUCCCUGGGUCCUGCUGCCCUUCUGGAAAUGUCCCCCACCUGCUGCUCUGUUUUCCUCUCUGCUCAUUGGGAGGCAGCUCUGGCCCCAUUGGCAGACAGGUUCAAUGGCUGCCUCGGGCCUUGGGAAGAUCAUUAAGCUCAGGAGCUCAGAAUCCUCCAGGAAAGAGGACUGAGUCCAGGUGCGGAGGCCACACAGCUGGCCGUCGCCUGACCUCUGGUGUCCAGGCCCCAAGACCAGCUCUGUGCUUUGUCAUCUGUCACUGUGCCAUGGGCCUCAGUUUUCCUGAGAACUCAAGCAUUAACUAGAUGGCAUUUAAGGCCCUUCCAGCUCCCCAGGGCUCCCCCAAAGUCCUAUUCUAAGUCAGGCAGUAUCUCUCCCCCCACCACGCCCCCGCCCUGUGCCCCUGGACAAGCUCGUUUUCCAUAUCUAUAAAAUGGAGUUGGUAUUGUCUUCAGCCCUGCCCACCUCCCAAGGUUGGGGAGGUUUUGAGGGACAGCUGAAGCCAGCCCUGGAGCACCCCAGUCAGCAUCUGCAGGUGCACAGCCACAGCAACCCCCCUCCCCCUGGCCUGGGGGGCAGAGCUGCCCCUGCACGUUACCAUCAGCUGGGCUGGGUCUGAGGCAAAGGAGCCACCUCUGCCCCUCUACCCGAUGUCAGAGGUGCUGGUGGAUGGUCGUCUCCUCCACACCACAGAGGGAAAUAAACA